UUGUCAUGUUGGGUUUUGUUUGAUUAUUUUUUUCUUUUUGGUGACUGAGAAGAAAAAGAUAAGAGACAGAGAAUUUGGUGAGAAAAUAAUUGUUCUUCUGGGAGUGGUGUAGGAGAUGCCCCUCCUAUUGCAGGGUGAGACAAAUAGAGGUGUGCAGCAGCUUCACGUGUAAAACCAGCAAUAAAAUCAGCCUGAAAAUUUUGUCCCUCACAGCUAUUAAAUGCAAGAAAAGGAAUCUAUCUGCCAGCUGCCUGCUGCCCAAGGAUGCUUUCCUGGUGGAUCAGCAGCCCUGUCAGGAGGCAAAAGGCUGUCCUGAAGUCUGGCAAACGGCAGCAGCCCACCGUGGUGCGUGUUGGGCUUGUCACACAAGAGCAGAGCCUGAGCAGCUGAGUGUGCCUCUGCACCAGACCAACCCCAUCCAGCUGUGAGCAGCCAGAGAGGAGAUCCCAGGCUGGUGAGUGCAGGAGAGGACACGACUCUCUUGUCAUGGCCAGGUUGCAUUACCUGCACAAAGAACCAGUGAACUGGCAUCAGCUGGAAGAUACAGCAGGAGAGGAUUAAAGAUGAGAAUUCUGUGUUCUUUAGGCUGUCACACUGGAGGAAUCAUGGUGGUCUCGAGCUGAACAAUCAAGUGAUCAAAAAGUGAGAGAGUGGCAAGGAACUGUGAGGUACCUAUUUGGUAGCACAGCAAGUUGAACAAUUUGCACGGGCAUUUUUUUCCACCACCCUUUUGGAACUUGCUUCAUCCAGAUGACACUGCUUCAAAGCCUUAGGCAACUCUCAGACUCAGAGAAGAAAUCAGUCCUAUUGGAGAUACAUAGAUGAACUGGGAGGCCAAAAUGAUAAAAUUGCAGAUGUUGCUGUGUUUGUUUGGCAUCAAAAGUCACUCUGUCCCAUCCUCUCAUGGCUGGCAUCACCUUCAGGACUGAAUGCCUCUCACUCUUUGCAUGGCAACUGUGUCUGUGACAGAGUAGGAGAGCUCCAAAGGAUGAACUCCCUGGUCAGCACCUCACACCUCCAGCUUGCUGCCUUUGUUCUGGGCGCAGUAGGCUGGAUCCUGUGCACCAUUUCAAUGGGAAGUGUGGAAUGGAGAGUGUGGUACGUGAACAACACCACUAUCAUCUCCUCUGGCAUUGCCUGGGUGGGGAUUUGGAAAGUCUGCUUCAUCAGUUACCUUCAUGUCUCACCUGGCUAUAGAGAACAGUUUUGCCAUAAAUUCAGUGGUUAUGACUCCUUCAUCCCCCAUGAAAUUUAUGCUGCUCAGGGUCUCCUGUUGAUUGCCAUGUUCACAGGCUUGCUGGGACUGGCUGUUACAAUAUUUGCUCUGAGAAAUGUGUAUAUGGGAAUCACUCACAAAACUCUCAUUGCCCCGUUCUUCCUGGUGGGUGGCUUCUUCUACAUAUUUGCUGGUCUGUGUGUCCUGAUUCCCGUGAGCUGGAAUUUCUAUUCUAUAACUCACAAUCAGAGCAUAGCUUUUCCUCCUUCUUACUACAUGCCCUCCAGUCCAGCAGCACAGGAAGCUGGUGCUGCCAUUCCUGUUGGGAUUGUGGCUGUCAUCCUCCUGCUGCUAAGUGGGACAUUUUCUCUCUCAUACAGAUUUCCCAUGACCUCAAACACCAUCAUGAAAUCCUGGCAGGAGAAAUCCCCCUAUGCUAUUUCAGAACAAGAACAUAGUCAAGAGAUAAGGACAGCAGCAUAAGUGGUUGUAAAGUUAAGGAACUGCAGAAUUUAAUUUUAUUCUGUGGUAGCCACGCUAUUUUCUUACAUGAACCAGUUGAGUCACCAUCUUAGUACUCACCUAUUACCAGAGGUUGGUUUGUCUUUGAGAUAACUGCUGUUGAGCAGCAAAUGUGAUUAAAUUUUGCCAGUUGUCCUCUUUUGUAUAUACAAACACUAUUGAUUUUUUUUUUUUGGUGUAAAAUAUUUACCAUGCUCAAAGAGCUGACUUUGA